AUGCUCGCCGUCGCCACGUCCCGCCCCGCGGUCGUCGCCCGCGCCCGCGCGUCCGCGUCCUCGCGCGCGCGCCUCGCGUCCCCCGCGCGCGUCCUCGGGCCCGCGCGCGCCCCCGCUCGCGCGCUCGCGGCGAUCCGCGGCGACCUCGCGCGCGCGCGCGCCGCGGAGGAGGAGCGCACGAUGAGCGCGCUCGACGCCGUGCUCGGCUCGAGCGACGAGAAGGAAGCCGCGGAGGUGCGACGGCGGUCGAGAGCGAACCCUCGCGCGGCGUCCGGCGUCGCGCGCGCCUCGCGCGCUCUCGCGUCGCGUCUCUCGUCAGCCUGUAGACACAGCUGUAUCUCUCGCGUUGCCACCUCACCAUCCGUCCUGUUUUUCUUCCUCCGUCCGUCGCGCCUCCCGCAGGAACCGGCCUCUCCGCCGCCGCCCGCGCGCGCCCCCGGCGGCGUCUCCCCCGAGAUGAAAGCGCGUCUGCUGAACGAGUCCGUCGGCCUCGGCGGCCUGCCGAACAAGCCGAUGCCCGCGAACUUGUUCCUGAACAUCUGCGUCGGCGUCGCCGCGUUCGCGAUCGUCGCCAAGCUCGGCGGCGCGUUGGGAUGA